UUAUUGCGGCAGAGCUGUUAAAGCCACCCGCGAAGUUCCGCCGCGAGUUUCCAACCGAUCGAUCGUCGUCGUUUCAUACUCCGUUUUGCCAUCGUCGAGGUAAUUGCAAUAUAAUUCUCUGGUCUAAACUUUCUUCGUAAUGGCAGCGAAAUCGUCGACCAUGAGCGAGGUGGAUUUGGAACGUCUCGCGUACGAAACCCUGACGGAAAAGGCUCGCACGAAUUUCAUCAAAAUCGACGGGGUUUUUCUUCCCGAGGACUACAAGCAAAUAGCGGAUGCCGUGGAGAACUUCGAGGUGCGCGACGACGACGUCUGGGUGUGUAGUUUUCAAAAAUCAGGCACGACCUGGACUCAGGAAAUGGUUUGGGGCAUCUGUCACGAAUUGAAUUUCGAAACGGCCAAGGCCCCGAUCAACGAAAGAUUCCCGUUUCUCGAAUUUUCCGGCAUAAUCACGACGGCUCGAGUGGCGAUGCGCGACAACAACACCAGCGUGCCGAGCUGGGUACUGAACAGCGUCGAGUUCUGCGAGAAUCUGCCGAGUCCGCGCUACAUCAAGUGCCACUUGCCCUUCAAUCUGCUGCCCCGACAGAUACGCACCGGCGAGAAGAAGCCCAAGAUCGUUUACGUCUCGAGAAAUCCCAAGGACGUGUGCAUAUCGUUCUAUCAUCACUCCAAGCUACUCGAGGGUUACUGCGGCAAUUUCGAGGAGUUUUGCGAAUUGUUCUUGGGUGAUCAUGUGUUUUACGCUCCGUAUUGGAAUCACGUAAACGGUUACUGGGACCGGAGCAACAUGGAAAAUUUGUUGCUCCUGCGAUUCGAAGAUAUGAAAAUGGAUCUGUCGUCCGUCAUCCGCAGAACGGCCAAAUUCUUAGGCAAGAACUUGAGCAGCGACGAGGUGAAACUGCUGGCCGAUCACUUGAGCUUCGCGAAAAUGAAGAACAACACGUCGGUGAACAAGAAGACCACCAUCGAGUACAUCAACAACAUGAAGGUGUUCGGCGAGCAAAAGUCCGAGGGCGAGUUCAUCAGGAACGGCGGCGUCGGCCAGUGGAAGGAGGCCAUGUCGGAGAGGAUGGUCAAUCGCUUCGACGAGUGGAUAGCCAAAUACUCAAAGCAUUGAAAUAAAAAAAUCCUUGUUUUUUUUUUUUU